CUCGUGACAUAAAGAGAAAAUCUGGCAAGCAUGCUGAGGAAUCAACGUCCCGUUUGUUUUGAAAUCCAAAGAUAUUUCGGCUAACCUUGUCAACGUUCUCUGACGCUCGAGGUUUGCUAUCUGUUUUUUGUAGCGUUAUCUGUCCAGUAUCGACAUGGAAAAGCCACAAAUAAUAAGUCAUAUCGAGAAAUCGCUAGACUUCACGUUAUUUGACUGCAAAUGGAUACCCAGGAGUGCAAGGUUUGUUGUUCUCGGAAGUUAUCCGCGCGGUACUGGUGCAAUUUUGGUGUAUGAAAUAUCCCAUAGAGAAAUCAAGAAAAUUAAUGACAAAGAAACACCAGCCUCUAUGAAAUGUGGAACGUUUGCUGCAUCGUCAUUACAGUCACGGAAUCUAGCAACUGGGGACUUUAGAGGGCACCUGACAGUAUGGGAUAUUGAGACUAUGCAGGAUGUAUAUUCAGUACCAGCACAUAAUCAAAUCAUUAAUGCAAUUGAUGGUGUAGGAGGAUUGGGUGUUGGAGAAGGUGCACCAGAAAUUGUCACUGGAAGCCGUGAUGGUUGUGUAAAAGUGUGGGACGUUCGCCAGAAAAAUGUUCCUGUGGCCAACAUGGAGCCGGAAGAAGGGCAGGAGACGAGAGAUUGCUGGACUGUUGCUUUCGGAAAUGCUUUCAAUUCAGAAGAUAGAUGUGUAUGUGCGGGAUAUGAUAAUGGUGAUAUCAAAUUAUUUGAUUUGAAAACAAUGUCUAUUCGUUGGGAGACUAAUUUAUCAAAUGGGGUUUGUGCAGUUGAAUUUGAUCGGAAGGACAUAGCUAUGAACAAAUUAGUUGCAGCUUCACUUGAAGGAAAGUUCCAAGUUUUUGAUUUACGAACACAGCAUCGUACUAAGGGUUUUGCUUCGCUUACUGAGAAAGCACACAAGUCUACUGUGUGGCUGUGCAAACAUUUACCGCAAAACCGAGACGUGUUUGUGACAACUGGAGGUGCUGGGUCAUUAAAUCUAUGGAAAUAUGAAUAUCCUCCCAAGAGAUGUAAAACAGAAGACAAUGAACAAGUCGGUGUUGUUGGUAAUGUUCAGCUACUGCAGAAUGCAAUGCUUUCAACGCAACCUAUUUGUGGAUUUGACUGGAGUCCAGAUAAAUUAGGCCUAGGAGUUUGUACAGCUUUUGAUCAAUCACUGAGGGUAAUUAUAACCACAAAGCUAAACUCUUUGUAGUAUCUGUGCACUUCACAUGCUUUUUUACUGGGAUAGAUUUUUAAACAGUGCCCAUCCUGCAUCCUUGGCUUUCAAUAUUGAGAUGAAUAUAUAAUACAAACCCAACUUUUUGAUUUAUUGAAGCUCUCAAUUUCAUUGUAUGUUUGCAGUUGAAGAGAGCAAUAUAGAAUAUUUUCGUUUCAAGUAGUUUCCUUUAUACUUAAAUAUUGACCUUUUUGUACAGUAAUCCAAAAUUAAAGUAUUUGUAUAACAACUAAUUACUCUGUAGACCAGAGGUGGGCAAGCUACGGCCCGCGGGCCAAAUCCGGCUUGUUGGGUAAUUCAAUCUGGCCCGCCUCAUGCUGCCGCAAUCAAACUAAAACCAUAUCUUGAUGUUUCAGCUAAAAAUAGCUCAAGGAAUUUGUUGAGGUU